GUGUCCGCCACCCACCCCCACCCCCAUCCCCGUAGCGGUAGCGCGGGGCCGCUUUCACCCCUCAUCCCCGACCUGCAGGCUUUCGCCGGAUGCUUUUUUGCUGUCUGAAACUGAUGCCUGCAGGUUUUUUGAAGUAUAUUCUUUCCUUAAAAAGAGACCAAAACAUGUCAAAAACUACUACCCUGGAGACCUCCUAAAUACUGUGGUGUGAAGGACCGUCCACUCAGAAUGUAUAGUUAAUCGUCAUACAUCUUAGGAACGUUUGAUGAAGGACAGCAGGUUUUGCUAUGUCUCUGGCUGAUCCAGCAGAAACAAGUGUAGAUGAGCACCUCCCCUGUGUGGCCUUAGGACCCAGGAGGAGGUCUGCAGAAUGCACGGGAACCCAGGACGCAGGUGACUGUUCAAGAGGCAGCCCCAGUCACGCUUCUGAUAGGAGUGUGGAUUACAGCAGAUCUCAGUGUUCCUGCAGAAGUUUAAGUUCUCCCUGUGAUUAUUCAGAAGACUUUCUCUCUGAAUGUUCUGAAACAGCUUGUAAUAGAAAUUAUUUAGAGAAGACUAUGAUAAGAGAAAAAAAGAAUGAGAAGAAAACGUAUAAUGUCUCUAAAGUCCCCCAACCUAAAGUUAACAGGUGGCCUUGUUACAGAGUACCACGACACUUGGACUUUGCUGGCCUCUUGCCUCGCAUCCCAGCUGAAGAAUCAAGGUUUGAAUUGCCAAUGAACUGUAAAUACCCGAGUCAGCACCCCAAGAGGAUGGUCUACAAGUCCGGCCGGAAGGAAAUCUCAGUUGAAAAAAAGCACAACUGGAAUGCGCCACUUUUAAAUGCUCAGAACAAUGUGAUUGCCCAAAGAAGAGAUGCUAUGACUCAUCGCAUCCUCUCAGCAAGGCUCCAGAAGAUUAAAGAGCUCAAAAACGAACUAUGUGAUAUACGUCGUAAAUUGGAAGCCACGGUCAUAGAAAACCAAUUUUUGAAACAUCUUCAGCUUAGGCACUUGAAAGCAAUAGGGAAAUAUGAGAAUUCACAAAAUAAUCUACCUCAAAUUAUGGUAAAACAUCAGAAUGAAGUCAAAAACUUAAGGCAGCUACUUAGGAAAUCCCAGGAAAAGGAAAGAAGCGCAUCCAGGAAACUUCGAGAAACCGACAGUGAGCUGCUGAAGACUAAAGACUCCUUGCAGGAGCUGCAGAGGCUUUCUGAAGACAAAAAUCUUGCAGAGAGGGAAGAACUCACUCAAAAAUUGUCUGUCCUCACAACGAAAACAGAGGCAAACAACAAAAAAAUACAGAGCUUGGAAAAACAGUUGAGGCUGAACAAUAGAGUCUUUAAUCGGCAGUUGGCCACUGAGAACCGGAAGACGUUAGCAGCCCAGGCAGCUACAAAGACUCUGCAAAUGGAAAUAAAACGCCUUCAACAAAAACUUAAGGAGAAGGACCGAGAGCUUGAAAUCAGGAACAUCUAUGCGAAUCGGAUACUUAAAAAUUUACAUGACAAAGAUUAUCCGACAGUUUCUUCAACAAAAUCCGUACAAGCAGACAGAAGUUUUUUGUUUACAAGCAUGAAACACCAGGAAACCCAAAAAUCAGAAGAUGUUCCAUCUUUGACAACUAAGGGUAAAAAGACAACUGGAAACAUUGGUCAUAAAGAAAAAUCCACCGGAAUGACCUGUGCGGUUCCUCCCUGUAUCAGCAAACUACCAAACCAAGAGGAGUCCAAGAAAAAAUACGAAGCUCACGUGUACGCAGCCCAUUCUCUGUAACCACCGCCUGGAACCCUCUCGACGGCACGUGCUAUGGUUUCUGUAACCGUGACCCCUCGACAGACACCUGGGACGCUUCGCCAUUACCAAACCGUGCCACAGUACACAUCCUGGGUGUGUGUUUAUCGCAUUCGGUCCUAGAAGCGAACUUGUUGACCAUGUCGCCAUCCAGAAAACGCUGUACCAUUGACACACCCACCAAUGGGGACCCGGAAGUUCCAAUUUCCCUGUAUUCUCACCGAACCUGGAAAUCACUUGCCCAUUUGGAUGGGUAAAAAAACGCUCUCGUUGUUUUAACUGGUACCACACCCAGCUGGUAAUGAUGAACAUCCGCUGAUAAUUUCUUAGCAAAUGUUACUUCUUCUUUCAUAAUUUGGGUUCAUAAAUCUAUUUACCCGGUAUGUUCUAGGAAAGCCAAGCAUUUCAGGCUCGUUAUCGGCACCUUCCCCUGUGUUCUAAUGUUGGAUGCGUUUGGUUUCUCACCUCUCGUUGUCCCUUUCAUGUGCCUGUCGGGAGAUGUCAGUAAGUGUGCUACACGUGCCACCUUGAAAUAGAAACCGACUGGAUUUAAACAUCACCAAACAGGGGUGCCCGGGUGGCUCAGUCGGUCUGAUCUCACAGUUUGUGGGUUCGAGCCCCACAUCGGGCUCUGUGCUGAUGGCUCAGAGCCUGAACCUGCUUCGGA